GUGAAAAGGCAAGGGAUUUAUUAAGAUAUUAGAAUUAACAUGCACAGCCAUGGUACUGACUGACAGAACUUACAUUUUUCCAGUUGAUUUUCUACAUGCAUGCGUGAAUGUCAGCAGGGUAUUGACCAGCAGAAUUCAGACCUUUCUGAGUUUUGAAGUUGUAUCAUUUCCCAAACUAGCUAAGUGUGCAUAGCAUGUUGUGCUGGCUGCGACCCUCGAGGCACAGCUCCCAGUCAAUCUACAAUCAUGAGCUUGAACUCUGUACUACAUUGUGUAGAUGAGUUGCAGGGUUCUGUAGGCAAGGUGUAGUAAAUGCAAGGCCUUUAUCAAGAGUAACCCCGCUGUAAGCCGAGGAAGCAUUUAUAUUUCAAUGGUCAGAAAAAGGAGGAGCCCAAAGGAAGCCUCUUUGCAAAAGGGAGAAUGAAAUAGGUCUCUUAUUUUAAUUUGUAAUUGCCUUAAAAAGUGUUUCUGAAUCGUGUUAUGCUAUGAUAUGUUGUGUUGAUAUUGUGUUUGAAGAGGAUUUCCGAGGUGACAUGCAUGAAAGUGUUUAGUGUUGAAUGGAACUCUUGCUACACAGAGGUUGAGUACACAAAAGGAAUCUACAGCCUAUGGUCUUCAGCUUCUAAUGUUGGGCUCACAAAGCUUUUCCUAUGGCUUCCGAGUAUGAGGACUACAAUUCCCAGGAUGCGCCAGUCUUUCACAAACCAGGAAAAUGGAUUUCUCCAAUGGGAGGGCCCUGGGGAGGUCAGAAGGAAAUUUAGCCAAUGGGUGAACUGUACAGAGUCAAACCCUCUUUUGAUUGUACCAAAGGGAUUGGAAUCUUUGGCGCCUUUGUUUUAGUGGAGGGUAGAUAACAGACAGGUAAAUUGACCAAUGAAAAGUUAGACAGGCGGAUCCAGAGCGUGUGGGCGGGAAGAGGUGAUGACCGGCAGGCUGUUCGUCCAAUGAAAGGUACAGACGCUAAUGUGGGGUGCCGGAGGCUUGUAGAGGCCGGUGUUUGUGGAAGCUGUGUGAGAGAUGGCGGAACCCCUGAGAAGACGUGGUCCGAGGUCCCGCGGUGGCCGCGCUAGCCGAGGCGCUCGGAGAGCCCGAGCCGCCCGUGGCCGGUGUCCUCGCGCCCCGCGGUCUCCGACUAGGCUCAUUCCAGACACCGUGCUUGUGGACUUGGUCAGUGACAGCGACGAAGAGGUUCUGGAAGUGGUCGCGGACCCAGGAGAGGUGCCUGUCGCCCGCCUCCCCGCACCGGCCGCACCUGAGCAGGACAGCGACAGUGACAGUGAAGGGGCGGCCGAGGGGCCUGCAGGAGCCCCGCGUACAUUGGUCCGACGGCGGCGGCGGCUGCUGGAUCCCGGGGAGGCGCCGGUGGUUCCUGUGUACUCUGGAAAGGUACAGAGCAGCCUCAACCUCAUUCCUGAUAAUUCAUCCCUCUUGAAACUUUGUCCCUCAGAGCCUGAAGAUGAGGCAGAUCUGACAGAUUCUGGCAGUCCUCCCUCAGAGGAUGCCCUGCCUCCAGGUUCCCCCUGGAAAAAGAAGCUGAGGAAGAAGCAUGAGAAAGAAGAAAAGAAAAUGGAAGAGUUUCCGGACCAGGACAUCUCUCCUUUGCCCCAACCGUCAUCAAGGAACAAAAGCAGAAAGCAUACCGAGGCGCUCCAGAAGUUAAGGGAAGUGAACAAGCGUCUCCAAGACCUCCGGUCCUGCCUGAGCCCCAAGCAGCACCAGAGUCCAGCCCUUCAGAACACAGAUGAUGAGGUGGUCCUAGUGGAAGGGUCUGUCUUGCCACAGAACCCUCGACUCUUUACACUCAAGAUCCGGUGCCGGGCUGACCUAGUCAGAUUGCCUGUCAAGACGGUGAGUACUUGGAAUCACCAUAGACAGGAUCACAGGAGGAACCCAUCUUCCUUCCCAUCAUGCUCUCUGGGGGCACCCACCUUUCCUUCAUCUCUCCAUGCCUUGGCACUUGGUGUUCUGUUUGUCUAUAUUUUUCCUCAUUCUUAUCUCUUUUUGGCAAAAUUUACCCAUUCUUCAAGGCUCCUUAGGCAUACCAUCUUCAGGCCAGGCAUAAUGGUUAGCAUGUCUGUAAUCUCAGCACAUGGCAGGUGAAGAUAUGAGGAUCUAGAGUCUGAAACCAGCAUGAACUAGACAGCUAGACCCUAUUUGAAAAAACAAACACAUACACAAAAAUACACUGGAUCUCUAUGAAUGUCUUAGUUAGGGUUUUAAUGCUGUGAAGAGACUAUGACCAAGACGACUCCUAUAAAAGAAAACAUUUAAUUGGGACUAGGUUACAUUUUCAGAAGUUCAGUCCAUUGUCAUCAUGGCAGGCAGCAUGGCAGCAUGCAGGCAGGCGUGGUAUUAGAGGAGCGGAGAGUUCUACAUCUAUAUCUGAAGGCAGCCAGGAGGAGACUGUCUUCCACUCUGGGCAGAGACUGAGCACAGGAGACCUCAUAGUCCACCUACACAGUGAUGCACUUCCUCCAACAAGGCCACAUCUCCUCCAUAAGGCCACACGUCCUAAUAGUGCCUCUGUGGCCAAACAUGCAAACACGUGAGUCUGUGGGAGCCAAACCUAUUCAAUCACCACAUUCCACUCCCUGGUCCCCCACAGGCUUGUAGCCAUAACAUAAUGCAAAAUGUUUUAGUCCCCAUAGUCUAUAACAGUCUCAACGGUGUUUAAAAGUCCCAAGUUCAGAGUCUCUUCUGAGAUUUCAUGUAAUCACUUAACUGUAAUCCCCUAAACAAUCAAAAUCAAAAGGCAGAACACAUACUUCCAACAUCACAGGAUAUACAUCCCUAUUCCAAAAUGUCAUGGUGAGGAAAUACUGGGACAAAGCAAGAUCAAAACCAGCUGAACAAACUCCGAACUCUGCAUCUUCAGAUCUGAUGUCCAACUUUAUUUUUUAGCUUUGUUGAUGCAGCACACUUCUUUCUCCUGGGCUGGCUCCACUCCCUGGUAGCAGCUUUCCUUGGCUGGCAUCCCAUGGCCAUGUUCCAGCCCAAGCAAGCAGCAGAACUCAGCAGCUUUGGCCAUGUGGCUCUGGCUUUAGAGUCAAGAAUAGAAGGAGCUACUGGGACAGUUGGUACUGGAGAUGAGUAUCGCUGAGGUGAAAUUUUCUGGGAAGUGUUUUCUGAGAUGUUCCAGAGAGCCAAGGUUGUACCUCGUGCUGCAGCUGGACUUGGUAAUGUGUAAGAAUCACCCAAGUGGUACUGGUUUUGAAGGCAUGAAGGAGUCAUAAAGAGCAGCUGAGGCUUUGCACUGUGAGAGGCCAGGGAAGGCCAUUGGUGAAGGGGCUGCCUCAGUUGCAGUUGAUGACCCAGGAUUGAAGGGGUCAUGCAAAGAAGCUGAGGCUUGGCACCAUGAGGGGAACCUAUGAGGGGCUAUUGGUGAAGCCUAGUUGCAGGGGAAGACUUGGGUGUAUUGAGAUGUCAGUACUGUGGGGUGACCACCAAGAGCAGCAGCAGUGGGGUGGAGUCAGCCAGAGCCUAAUACUCCUGCAGAGGGCAGAGCUGGAGAAGUGACCUAAGCAAGCCCUUUGGAGGAGCCCGGGAGAUCAGGUGUGGAUCCCCAACAUGAGACAAGAAGCUGUGACGUUGAAGUUGCCUUAGAUACCUCGAGAUGUUAGAGAUGUCAGAGCAUGGGAUACCUGACAAGGAAAAGCUGCUAACGGAGUGGAGCCAGCCCAGGAGAAUGAAGUUUGUUGCAGUCAUCAAAACUGAAAGGAGUUGGAGAUCUGAAGACUGCUGUGACAUUAGACAUAGAGAUGCAAACCUUGGAGUUUGCCCAGCUAGAUUUCGGUCUUGCUUUGUCCAUUUUUUCUUCACUAUGACAUUCUGGAAUGGUAAUGUAUGUCCUGUGAUGUUGGAGGUAUUUGAUCUGCUUUUUUAUUUUGAUUUUAUAGGGGAUUAUUACAGUUGAGGGGUUGCAUGAAUUUCAGAGACUUUUAACUUUGUUGAGACUAUUAUAAACUAUGGGACUUUUGAAGUUGGACUAAAAAUAUUUGUAUUAUGCCAAGUUUAGGUAUGGCCCCCCCAUAGACUCAUGUGCUUGAAGAAGCCUAUGGGGGUCAGGGAACGGCACUAUUAGGGAGUAUAGCCUUGUUCAAGUAGGUAUAGAGGAAGUGUGUCACUGUGGGUGUAGGCUUUGAGACCCUCAUCCUAACUGCCUAGAAGCCAGUCUUCUCUUUGCCUUUGGAACAAGAUAAAGAACUCUCAGCUCCUCCAGCACAUGCCUGACUAGAUGCUGCCAUGUUCCUGCCUUGAUGAUAAUGGGCAGGAAACUCUGAACCUAUAAGCUAUCCCCAGUUAAAUGUUGUCUGAGAGUGGCCUUGGUCACAGUCUUUUUACAACAAUGAAACCCUAACUAAGACAAAUGGUUUCCUUCAUUGCCUAAGCUUGGCUGUCCUGGAAGUUGCUCUGUAACUGACCUUGAACUCAGAGAUCUCCAUGACUCUGUCUCCUGAGAGUUGGAUUUAAAUGUGUGUAGCACUAUGCUUUUCUUUAAUUCCUUCUCAUAAGGUCUUUUAUAAGUCCUGGAUUGCAGUUCAUUCCAGAUGUAGUUCCUCAGAACUGUCUCUGGGGAAUCUCUGGGACACCAGAGAUCUUGAAAAAUGGCAUAGAGAUCUUUUAUUAAUUAUGAAAGUUUGACCUUAGCUGGCUUGUUCCCAUCUAGACCAUAUACCUUUUUUUUUUUUUUUUGGUCCUUUUUUUUCGGAGCUGGGGACUGAACUCAGGGCCUUGCGCUUCCUAGGUAAGCGCUCUGCCACUGAGCUAAAUCCCCAGCCCCUACCUUUUUUUUUUUUAAAAAAGAUUUAUUUAUUUUAUUUAUAUGAGUACACUGUUGCUGUCUUCAGACACACCAGAAGAGGGCAUCAGAUCCCAUUACAGGUGGUUGUGAGAUACCAUAUGGUUGCUGGGAAUUGAACUCAGGACCUCUGGAAGAGCAGUCAGUGCUCUUAACCACUGAUCCAUCUCUCCAGCCCUAGACCAUAUAACUUAAAGUAGCUUGAUUAUACUAAUCUAUGUUUUACCUUGUGGCUUGUUAUCUCCUGAGUACUGGUACCUGCUGCUUCAUUUGCAUUUGGCUGGUGAAUCUCCUCCCUCAGACCCUUUCCUAGAGUUCUAUUUCUGCCAGAUGUCCCGCCUCCUCUCCUAUUUUGCUAUAGGCCAUUCAACUCUUCAUCAAACCAAUCAUGAGGUGUUGGAGGGAGUGUUACAAGAUAUGAUGCAGCCAGGUGAAGAACACCACCAAAGUCUGGUCUCCAUUCAGCUCUGUCAGCCAGAAAUCCACAUUUGAAUAAUUCAAAGACAAUCUUCACACGAUGCACAAUUUUUUUUUUUUUUUUUUUUUGGUUCUUUUUUUCGGAGCUGGGGACCGAACCCAGGGCCUUGCACUUCCUAGGCAAGCGUUCUACCACUGAGCCAAAUCCCCAACCCCUACACAAUAUUUUUUAAAUUUAUUUAUAAACUUUACAAUCCAAUAUCUGCCAUUCCUCUCCUCCUAGGACCUCCGAACAUAAGUCCUCCCCCAUUCCCCUUAGAAGGGGAAGCCCCCACUCUGUGUGUCAACAUCAAGUCACUACAGGACUAGGCACAUUCUUUCUUACUGAGGCCAGACAAGGCUGUCCAUUUAGGGGUGCAGGAUCCACAGAUAGGCAACAGGCUCAGGGACAGCCCCUACAUCAGUUGUUUAGGGGACCUGCAUGAAGAGCAAGCUCCAUCUGCUACAUGUAUGCGGGGAGCCUAGGUCCAACGGUGCUCCUCACUCUCUGGUUGGAGAUUCAGUCUCUGGGAGCUCCCUAAGGCUCCAGUUUAGUUGAGUUAGUCUUCCUGUGGAAUCCCUGUCCUCUUCAGGUCCCUCAAUAUUUAUCUCAAUUCUUCUACAAGACUCCUGGAGCUCCAUCUACUUUUUGGGUGUGAGUCUGCAACCCUUUCCAUUGGCUGUUUGGUGGAGCCUCUCAGAAGACAGUUAUUUUAGGUUCCUGUCUGCAAGCAUAACGGUAUCAAUAGUGUUGGGGCUUGGGUCUUGCCCAUAGGAUGGGUCUCAAUUUGGGGCACUCAUUGGUUGGCCAUUCCCUUAGACCCUGCUCUAUCUAUGUUCCUGCACAUCUUGUCGGUUUUGAGUCUAAAGAUGGCUUUGUGGGCGUGUUGUUGUCCUUAUCUUUCCAUUGGGAGUCCUGCCUGGCUACAGGAAGUGGCUGUUUCAGGAUCCAUAUCCCCCACUGCUAGGAAUCUCAACUAGAGUCGUCCCUUGCUGCCUUAGGACCCUCUGGGGGUUCUCCUUAUCCCAGACCUCUGGCAUGUCCUAGAGAUUGCUUCCGUGCCCCAGCUGCUCUCCCUUCUUCCCUACUUGUAUGAUCCCUCCCCUCCCUCUCUUCCACCCAGUGUGUACAAUAAUCUUAUCUCAACAUAUAGUCAAGUUGACAACCAAGAGUAGCUAUCACAAUCCAUCCAUUGUCAAUUUGACACAUAAUUGUGUGUCCUUAUUUUCAAAGAAAAACAGUAACCAGGUCAUAAUGGCUAACCUGAUCUAAUGACAACAGACACAUAAAAAAUAAGCUCAUCUGUGUGUGAUCUUGCCCAGAGGUCACUAGUCCCUUAAUUCCACUUAAUAUCCUUAAGCAUAGAAUUCUGCUCCACUCCACUUCCUGGUUCCCCUUUAAUGAACCACACAUUUUGUAUUUUUCCUUCCUAAGCUUGCCAGGCUUGAUCAAGACGCUUUUCAUGAGAGAGAGCAACAGCCUAGAGUAACUACAGCCUAGAGUAACUACAGCCUAGAGUAGCUACAGCCUAGAGUAACUACAGCCUAGAGUAGCUACAGCCUAGAGUAACUACAGCCUAGAGUAGCUAGAGGAUAGAGUAGCUAGAGGAUAGAGUAGCUAGAGGAUAGAGUAGCUAGAGGAUAGAGUAGCUAGAGGAUAGAGUAACUACAGGAUGGAGUCCAUGCCAGGUUUUGAAAUGUCCUUUGUCAGUGCAAUUAAUCUAAAUCUCUUCACUUUAGCCUCAGGCAAACUCUUCAGAGAAGGGUAAAAAGCAGCUACAUUGUUCACCAAAAUAUCACAAGAACAGUCUGUAGGCCACAUACUGAAAUUCUUCUUCUCUCAAACCCCUUGAGCCAGACCCCACAGUUCAAAUCACCCUCAGCACCACUGUCUUCCAUGUUUCUACUAAUUUGGCCUACUAAGCCCCACUUGAAGCAUUCCACUGCUUUCCAAAGUCCCAAAAUCCACAUUCCUUCGAACGAAAGCAUGGUCAGGUCUCACAGUAAUAUCCAGUCCUUGGUACCAACUUCUGUCUUAGGGUUUUAUUGCUGUGAAGACACACCAUGGCCAAGGCAACUCUUACAAAGGCAAACACUGAAUUGGGGCUGGCUUACAGGUUCAGAGGUUCAGACCAUUAUCAUUAUGGCAGGUAGCAUGCAGGCAGACAUGGUGCUGGAGGAGCCGAGAGUUCUACAUCUAUAUCUGAAGGCAGCCAGGAGGAGACUGUCUUCCACACUGGGCAGAGACUGAGCAUAGGAGACCUCAUAGUCCACCUACACAGAGAUAUACUUCUUCCAACAAGGCCACAUCUCCUCCAUAAGACCACACAUCCUAAUAGUGCCAUCCCCUGUGGCCAAACAUGCAAACACGUGAGUCUGUGGGGGCCAAACCUAUUUAAAUCCUACAAUGAAGUUUUUGUUUUUUAAGAUUUACUUUUUAGGCUGGAGAGAUGGCUCAUUGGUUAAGAGCAUGGACUGUUCUCCCAGAGGCCCUGAGCUCAAUUCCCAGCAA